AUGACAAAUGAAUAUUAUGUCACAUAUUUUACUAUCAAUCCUGCUUCUAAAGAGCAUAAAAUUUUGACAUUUUUACCUGAACUGAACAAAAAUACUUGUGACCUAGAACGAAAUCUCAUCCCAACCCAUAUUAAUACGUGCAUUUGUGGUAAUUUGCAAAAUAAUCAAAUUUACGUACAGAAAACUCCAUCUGAUUUUCACAAAUGUCCAAUACGUGUCGGAAUGGGCGAUUUACAUCCAUUUUCAUCAGUAAAAUCAUACUAUAAGCUAAAAGAUUUGGAGCCCAUCAGAGAGGUCACAGGAUGUGAUUAUGAGAUCUUAAAUAUAGUUGCUUCUAAAAUUAAUGCAAAUUUGAGUUUACUUAAAAUCAGAUCUCAAGCAAGCAACGCUUUUACAGAAGCAAGUUUUGUUAAAUAUCUUGAAGAUGGGAUACUAGACAUUUGCGCCGGCGGUCUUUACAGAAUUUACGGGGAUACUGUUGCAUACUCAGGUAUUUAUGGAAACCAAGCUAUUAUCUGGGUGUAUACAGUAGAAAGAGCGCAGAGAUCGUUAGAAAAUCUAAUUACAAAAAUAGAUGGGCUGUAUAUAUUUUUCCUGUUCUACUUAUACUAUUCGUUAGUUUGGUAUUUUCUGUCAAGGAUUGAAGAACGAAGGGUUUCUUUGCAUAUCACUUUGCUGUACAGUUUCGGGACUAUGAUUGGAUCAGCUAAUUUGCAACGGGCUUGUUCAACGAAACAGAGAAUAGUAAAUGGAUUCUAUUUGAUACUGUGUAUCCACACAGUGGCUUAUAUUAACAUUCAACUUUAUUCAUUCCUGACGAUCAGUCACCCUCCGAUGUUGUACAAAACAAAUAACGAUAUAAUGAGUUCGGGAAAAAAAGUUUUCUUACAGCCACCCGGCAGAAACUUCGUCGAUGACUCCAGUAUUGAAACAUUACUCAGAAAAUCAGAAUACUGCAGUGACUUUAUAGAUUGUGAGAUAAAAGCUUUAAAAUAUAAAGGCGUCACUAUAGUUUUAGAUGGUCAGUUGAAAGAACUUCAAGCUGUAACUGCUGAGAAUGAUGAAGCAAAGUUCAUGAGGACCACAGAGAAUAUACUGAACAUAUAUCAUGAGAUGCCUAUUAGCAAAGUUAGUCUUGUUAUGGAGAAGUUACAGAGUGUGAUGAUGCGCUUGCGUGAUACUGGGAUUUUGAAUAAACUUUAUGCGCAGUCUUUGGGCAUUUUGAACGUGUCAAAAUCGGAGGUGUUCAUGAAGAAUACUCUAAGGAAUAGUUAUCAUUGUAUGACGGGUUGUAGUAUUACGUCGCAUGAUUUUGCUGCUGCAUUCUAUUUGUGGUUGGUGGGCAUUGCCUUGUCAGUUUUAGUGUUGCUAAUUGAACUAGCAGUGAGACGAAGAUAUCCUCGAAUAAACAAUAUUUUUCUUCAGUAAAAGA